AUGAGUUACUAGGCUCAACACUAAAAUUAACCUCCGAACUACUAAAAUAUAAGAGAAAAAUACUUGAUUUAAGGUGAAUACAGUUAAUCAGGUCUCUAAAAAGUAAAUUUAAGUAUUAUUUAAAUAGUAACAAUAACAAUCGAAUCAUCAGAUGGGAAGAUAUAUAUAAGUAAUUUAGAGACUAUAUUAAUAAGGCACCUAAAGAUAAAAGUUCUCAUCAAUUUUCUCAAAAUGAUUUGUCUCGCGAACAUCAUAAUACUAAUAGUCAAAAUGUUGGGCAUCAUGAUACUUCACAUGGUCAAAAUCAUUCUGGAAAUAAUCAUCAUGAAGGUCAUUAUAACCCUCUAUAGAUGCCUUGUAAUUGGGAUAUAGCAAGAAAACAUGCAUUAUCAAGAAGGACAGCAAAAGAGAAGAAUAAGGAUCCAACUAAAACAAUAACAGGUAAUUGAUAAUUAAAUAACCUUCAGUUGAAACUUGCCCUUGUUGUGGAUUUGAGGUUGAUAGAGAAGAUAUCCCAUAUUGCUCAGAUCCUAUGGCUUUAUCAUUUUUAGGAUCAGGCUUUACCUUAUUCUACAACUACUUAAAAUAUUGCAUUAUCAUACUGUUUAUUUAAUUGAUUGUGAAAUAAUUUCAUAACUUAUAUACAAACUAUGAAGGAUCAUAUUGUAGUCAUAUAAAAAGAGAAAAAAUGGAAGGACAUAUAAUAGAAGAACCAUAUUGUCCAGAUAGUAUAUUUUUAAGAUUAUCUUUGGCUAAUAAAUUAGAGUAAUCAAAAAUACUUAAAUUAGCAAUCGAGAAGCUUUAGAAACAAUGCAAGUCUUAAAUUUUAUCAGUAUUUUCAUAAUAAUGUUUGUACUCAUUUACUUUAGAAAAAGUCAAAGGUAAAUUGAUACUACCAUAGAUGAAGAAUAAUUAACACCUGCAGAUUAUACAAUUUGUGUUAAAAAUAUUCCUACUGGCUUAUCUGUUGAUUACAAAGCAGAAUUAAUAAAUUUAUUUUAAAAUUAUGCGGUAUUAGAUUCUACUAAAUAAAUAAUUGUUAGAAAAGUAGUAUUAGUUUAUGAUAUUGAAGAAAUCAUAGAAUUAGAAAAGAAAUUAGAUACUUUGAUUGAAAGAAAGAAAGAAGCAAUAAAAGAAAAUAAUUUUGAUUUUCAUCAUUAAAAUGUUUUAAAAGUAGAUGAAGAAAUUGAACAUCUUGAACAUUAAAUUCAUAAAAUAGAAGAAGAAUAUGAACUUCAUAAUACUAAAUUUGCAGGUAUUGCAUUUGUUUCUUUUGAUGAUGAAUCUAUGAAAUAAUAAGUAUUGUAAGAGAAUCCUCAUACAUCAUUAGAAAGGAUGAAAUCUCAUUGGAAUAGAGGUAAAUUAGAAGGUCUUGGAAAUGAAGAUUUAUCAUGGCAAGGAUAAAAAUUAUUUUUAGAAUAAGCUCCAGAACCUAAUGAUGUUGAUUGGGAAUUUAUUCAUAUUACAACAAAUGAAAAGAUAUUUAAAAGAGUUAGAGCCUGGAUUUAUUAUAUAUUAUUUGAAAGUGCAGCUUUCUUUGUUAUAUAUUUAAUAUCCCAUAGACUUGCACUAUUGGGAGAUGAAGCACAUGAAGAAGAACUUAAAGGUAAAUUAGAUUAAGAUACUAAAAGAAAAAUUAAUAUUAUGUCAUUUAGUAUAUCUAUGACUAUUGUCUUAUUUAAUAAAUUUGGAGUAGCUAAAAUAGUACAUUAUAUUGUAGAUGAUGAAAAAAUAUCAAAUAAGACAAAAUUUUAAAUAUCAUUUGUUUAUAAAUAUGCACUAGCUCUAUUUUUGAAUGCAGCUAUCAUUAGUUUUUUAGUAGAUAUUGUUAUAUUAAAAAAUGUUAAAGGAGCUGGAGGAUUUAUUUAAAAUGAAAGCCAGAUUUUUGUACUUAAUGCUAUAUUUCCUCCAUUUAUAUGGUUUGUUGAUCCAUGGAGUCUAUGUAAGAAUAUUUGGAGAAAUUACAUUAUUUCAAAAGGAGAUAAAGCUUUGCUUACUCAAUAAGAAGCUAACAAACUUAUGGAAGAACCAGACUACCUAUCAGCUAAGAGAUAUUCAGAUGUUAUGAAAACUAUGUGGUUUACUUUUAUGUAUGGUACAGCAAUUCCCUUGGGUACUUUAUUUAGUGCAUUUGGUAUUUUAAUUUAUUACUUUGUUGACUAUUAUAAUAUUUUAAGAAGAAGAACAGUUAAGGAAUCAAUCAGUAUCUAAUUAUCAACAGGUAUACUCAUUUUAAUAAUUUAGAAAUGAUUGAAAUGCUUGAAUACAUUAUCUCAUGGUGUGCAUUCGGUGAAAUGAUCAUGACGUACACCUUCUUCCAUGAAGUAAGUAAGAUAGAUAUACUAUUAAUCAUAAUGGCUAUUGUAUAUCAAUAAUUACCAAUGGAAGAUAUUUCUGAGUACCUAUUUCCAGUUGAAAACAAUGAAGAAGUAUAAUAAAUAUAAAUAUAUAAUUAGAUAAAACCUUAUGCAGAAGGGAGUGCUAGUUUUGAUACAGAUUACGAUAGAGAGAAUCCAGUUACUAAACAUAAAGCUUUAGCUGAAUGGAACUAAAAAUAAUAAAGUGAAGAAAAUCAAAAUCACAAAGUUAAGAAAGUCUUUCACCAAUAAGAUGAAUUUGGUUAUAUUGCUGAUGGGCAUUAUGGAAAUAGAUGA